UGGACUCUGCCCCCAGGGACAGGAAUUAACCAGGCUGUGCCUCUUCAGCCCCGACUUGGGAUCCCUGAUUAGUGUGACCGGAGCCAGGCUCAGAGAAACAUGGAGUCCAACGUAGUCCAGUUGACGAAGAUGGAAUAUGCCAUGAAGUCCCUCAGCCUCCUCUACCCCAAGUCCCUCUCCAGGUAUAUGGCAGUGAGCACCUCGGUGGUGACCCAGCAGCAGCUGUCAGAGCCCAGCCCAGAGGUCCUCAGGGCCCGGCCCUGCAGAGUGAGCACCACUGACAGGAGGUUGCGGAAGGGCAUCAUGGCGUACAGUCUGGAGGACCUCCUUCAUAAGGUCCAGGACACCCUGAGGCUGGCGGACAAGCCCUUCUUCCUGGUGCUGGAGGAAGACGGCACAACUGUAGAGACAGAAGAGUAUUUCCAAACCCUGGCAGACAAUACAGUGUUCAUGGUGCUCCAGAAGGGGCAGAAAUGGAAGCCCCCAUCAGAGCAGCGCACUAGGUCUCAACUCUCCGUCUCCCGUAAGUCUGCCAAGAAGAUUGAUGUGGCCCGUGUAACCUUCGACUUGUACAAGGUGAACCCACAGGACUUCAUUGGCUGCCUGAAUGUAAAGGCGACUCUCUAUGGCACAUACUCCCUUUCCUACAAUCUGGACUGCUACGGGGCCAAGCGCAUCAUGAAGGAAGCUCUUCGCUGGGCCCUCAUCAGCAUGCAGGCCACAGGGCAUGUUCUUCUCGGCACCUCCUGUUACAUGCAGCAGCUCCUGGAUGCCACAGAGGGAGAGCAGCCCCCCAAGGCCAACGUCCCAUCCCUCAUGCCGACCUGUCUGAAGCUUCUGCAAUGAAAGCCCAAGUCCUCAGAGGCUUUCCCCAGCCGAGGACUAGACUGGGGACCCCAUGCGCAGCUUGUAGCACCCACAAGCCUGGCAGAGAGCUUCUUACCUCCCCACACCUCCUUUACCCCCACAGGACCAUGAGUGUGGAAGCAGGGGGAAGGGCUGGAAACCUGGGGUAGGCUGGCCAAAGGGGAGCUGAGGGUUCUUGGCCUGGCCCAGUUCCUUCCUGCCCAAGGUAGCUUAGCUGACCAAGGCUGGUCACCAGCAGGCUAGGCCUGAAGUCUGCCCCUCAGACACCUGUCCUCACACGCUAUACUUUCAUCACACUUUCUACCUCCUGGCCCUUGUCCCUAAUACUCCUGAGUGAAUAGUAAGGCUCACUAAUGUAUUAUAUUAGAGAUUAUAAUGUAUUGUAUUACAAUAAAUGAUUUAUGCUGAUACAU